CAGGAUCAGGUGGAAAAUAGUCACUCCUUGCAGCUGAACGGGCGCUAGGUUUCAGCAGAGUCUGACAGUGAAGCCAUCCACUUAACCCUCAUCGAAGGCAGAGCUAGAAGGAGAAUGCAGGCAUUUUUGGCAAAUGAUUCUCUGCGGCUCCAAAUCUUCAUCAUGAGUGCAAAUCAGUUUGUGCACAAAGCUAUGGACAUCCUCGUAUCUGCUGCAAUUAGGGGCGAUCUUGAUCCACGUAGAGCAAACGCCUACAUCAAAGAGAUAUUGCACAUAAUAUUAUUUUAUGGCCAAAUUAAUCGUCCUAAGGUUGAUCCAGAAGAAAUAUUGCAGGAAAGUAACCAUCAAUUAUCUGCAAGGUAUUCAGAUGUCUUUGAAAUGAGCUGCACCCACAUUCCAAAACGUCCCCCUUUCACAGUGCUACUUAAUGCGAUUGUUGACAUUGUCAGAACAAGACAUGAAGAUUAUGUUUUGCCAUGUCUGUUGUCGACGAUAAAUGAUAUGGAAGUUCCUAAUGGUAACACAAUAUGCCGGAAUAUUUUUGUAUCAACAGUUAUUAACUUGUGCUAUUUUUCUGAUCAGUGUAUGAGAAGUAGAACACCCAAUUACUUUGGUGCUUCAGUGUCAUGUAGAGGAGCUAGACAGAGAAAAAUAAUGAUCGAUAUAUUGUGCUACCAUACAUGGCACCGUGAUAUUAGCUGGGCAGUAUGUGUUGCAAAUCAGUACAAUGAAAAUGCCAUUGAAUUUCCUCCUCGUGUCCGCUCGAUGGCAUUUAACAUAUACACUAAUGGACAAAGAACUCAGGCAAACCAACGUGUUGAUAAUUCUCUGGCUAGGUUCAGGGGUCGCCGAGUGCCCAGAUUUCUUGAAAUUGCCAGCCAAUUUGGAUCCUUAGUUCCCAGAGCACCUUGUGAAAGAUGCUUUGAAAUGUUCCCAAACAUUCAGUUUUAUCCAUUUCCACAAGCUCAUGAACAUGCUCAUUGGGAAUAUGGAAACUGUGCAGAGUGUGAAUCACUCAGCCAGCUUCUGAAGUCUCAUGAGCAAAUUGUCACAAGGCUGCAUCGUAACCAAUUUCAAAUUGGACGUGAUGACUUAAUAAAUGCAAAAAAUAGACGACUUGAACAAAACCUCCAACAGUUAGAGUUUAGAUUCAGGGGUGUAGUUCCAUUUGAAGGUAAUCAAUUAUAAAGGCAUCUGCCUGGAAAGAUUCCUAAAUUGAAAGCACAUUAGAAUACACAGUAUGUCAUGUUCCUGAUCAACCUACUAAUAAGUAUACUGCUUGUAUGCAGCUCUGGAGUAUUACUAUGGCUUUAUACAAUUAAUUCAAUUCAAUGGACAGAAAUUCUAGGGGACAUAUUAUCAGUAUUCAAAUUUGCAUUUCCUCUGUUAAUUGUUUAUCUGGAAGGUUAUCCCCGUGCAGUACAUCAAACACAGUAUGUGCACUUCUAAAGGUUAAAAACAACUGAUUUUCUCCAAGCCACGGUGGUGAUGGGUCAUCACUAAACUGGAACUGUGGAACUUCUGCAAAAAUUUGAAAAUUAAUCAUGUCACUAUUUUCAAAUAGUCUAACUUCUGUAAUUCAAUCAACUGUUGUACAGUUUAUUGUUGCACAGAAACUGGUCAUUUCUAACUCAAAUAUCCCACUAAAUGCAGAUAGGAAUACUGAAUGGCCAAUAUAACUUCUUUCCACCAUUUGCAUAAUAUUAUAAUAUGCUGGUCUUCAACUUUACCAUAUAUCCUGAACUUUGGCAAAUAAUGGGGGGAAUGGUAUACUCCCAUUUAGAAUAUCUUAUAUUGAUCUGCCAAUGAUACUUUAACUUAUUUCUAGAAUUCCAUGUCUCAUUCAGAUCACUUAACACAUGCUUAACAACAGCAUAGCAAUAAAACAUUUAUGAUGUCCCACUGAAUCUGAGACAAAUAUACACUGAAAUCAUCUUCCUCUUAGAAUUAGAGCUCUACUCCUUUACUGAGAACAAUGCAAAGCAAAAAAAACUGGGCAAACACAAGUUUAAAUGGAGAUAAAAACUGCAUUGGUUAAGUUUUCAAACUGCAAGCUUAAUUUAGAUUUGGCUUACUUUUCAAAUAUUCACUGUUAUAGCAUUCUUUUACAAUAUCACUGUUAUAGAUUGCUCGUCAACCUUACAAAAAUACACUAGCUAUCGUUUUCACGUUAAUCUGCCAAAGAAUAUGAUACAUAGCUCAUCAUCUGUCUUAGAGACUGCUGAAACAUUUGGGAAGAUUAAUACAACAACUAUUUCUAGUUCCUGUACUUUCGUUAAUUAGGAGAGACUUGUGAAAACAGUUAGCUUCAAGCUAAGGAUAACCACCAUGUUGGUAGUUUAUGGAAAACAACGCGCUUAUAGUCAAUGAAGUUAUAUUUAAAGGUUAAAGGGUUUGUCUGGUACCUGAUCUUCUUAACCAAAAACAGAAAUUGCAGGAGAAACUAAGCAAGUGGCAGCAUCUGUGGAGAGGAAGCAAAGUUAACACUUGAGGCCACAGACCCUUCAUCAGAACAGGUAAUAGCUGAGUAAAAGGAAGAGGAAUUUUAUUCCUUGCUGUCACAUGGUGUACUACAGAGCACCUAUGUAUGGAGAGAGCUUAUUUCUUCUUUUAAGCAAAAUUUUUACAUUAAAGUUGCUCACCUUUAAUUAUAUCAUAAGAACAAAAAUUACAAUGAGAUAGAACAGGACAGUGGCUCAGUGGUUAGCACUGCUGCCUCUCAGCACCAGGGACCUGGGUAUGGUCCCAGCCUUGGGCGACUG